CUCACGCAGUCCUCUCAUGUCGACUUUCUGCGGCAAGUACGGAGUUUAGAUCCAGUGCUGUUCUGGACUGAUGCAGGAAUAAAGACGGUAACCAGUCGUGAAUGUUAAACACAUAGACGCCGACUUAUAAGUUUAAAAAUCUUGCGAGUAAAUGGGAUUCAACGUCUUCCGAACAGAAUGUAAAGAAUUCCUUGAAGGAUGUGGGGAAUUAAAGGCUUGUGCGCUGCGCUGUUAUUGUUGUUUUUGGCUUAUAUCUCCGUGUCCUCGGUUAAUGCCGACAGUUUAUCUGCUCCGCUCAAUGUGACCAUCAAAGCACUGGAGGGGAACUCUGCGAUAGUGACAUGGGACAUUCUGGAGGGAGACCCAGUCAUUGGGUUCGCCAUCACCCAGCAGAAAAAGGACGUUCGUAUGCUACGAUUCAUCCAGGAAGUGAACACCACCACUCGUUCAUGUGCAUUGUGGGACUUGGAGGAGGACACAGAGUACAUAGUCCAUGUGCAGUCCAUUAGCAUGAGCGGCACCAGCCCUCUGAGUGAACCUGUUCUGUUCCGCACUCCCAAAGAGUCAGAGAAACUGGCCUCCAAAAGCCCAGAUGAAGUGACCAUGGAGGAAGUUGGGCAGGCCGCCCAGCUCAGGGCUGGAGAGCUCAUUAUCAUUGUGGUGGUUCUCGUCAUGUGGGCAGGUGUGAUAGCUCUGUUCUGCCGCCAGUAUGACAUCAUCAAAGACAACGAGCCCAACAAUAACAAGGACAAAGCCAAGAACUCGUCAGAGUGCAGUACCCCAGAGCACCCUACGGGGGGACUACUGCGCAGCAAGGUCUAAUUACGCCUUCCCCUGUCGGCAAUAAUAGGCUUUAGCCUCAGGACAGUGCUCUGAGACAAAACAAGUAAGCCAUCAAAUCACAAAGUUGUGAAGCCCACCUCUCAUCCUCAGUCAAACGACCUUUUAGUAUUCCCAUCGACCAACAUGAACUCUUUGGUGCUUGUCUGUUUGGCACACUGACACAAACUCGAGGACGAAAUGGACGAGAUGGUUCCAGACCUGGAAGCUUGAGCCGUUUGAGUUUCGAUCCACAGCUGAAGGACUCAAACCCCGCUGUGAGCUGGAAAACCAGAGACGCCGUACCACCAGGAGUGUCUUCGGCUCCGGUGUAGACUCACAGAGAUAAGGAGAAACCUGCCACCACGCAUAAACCCCAAAUAAACCAGGAAGGUGUGUUGUGAAAAAAAGAAGCGAGAGCGUUUUUUUUAUUUUUCCGAGCUCACCGUCAUUAUCAGCUCCGAACCAGGAUCAGGUUUCUGACAGGGAUGACAUUACGAUAUUUCACUUCACUCCAUACUCGUCGCUAUCUUGUGUACUUGUUUUUUUCUUUUCACACUUCGAUUUCUUUCCUCCAUUAUCCUCCCUCCAGCAGCCAAUCACAGACAGUCUAGCUAAUUUGAUGUGGUUUAAUUGGUGCGGUGGGAUCUUUCUUCUCAGCACUCUUGCUCUCAGGGCAUUCAGGAAAACAUCCAUAGGAAAAACAAUGGACCACAUCGGCCGCGUCGCAUUCACCCACCUGCGGCCCAAUCACUGCACAUCAGCCAUUGACGAUGAAGACCUCCAUACUAUAAUAGUGAUAGAAAACGUAUUUAACCGCUUGUGUGUCUCAAGUAAAUCAACAGCUUGCUGUCUCUAAUGAGCACAUUACUGUACAGUGAUGGUUAUUUUGGUCCUCAUAUUACAUUCAUUAGCAUUUUGGUCAUGAGUAUGGCUAUUUACCGCUUUUAUGUGCCGCUAUGAUAUAGAGUCGGGUGCCUUUUUUCUACAGGCUCUUCUUUUACAUUUCUUUCCCUUUAAACAGUCUUAAAGUCGACAUGAAAUCAAAACUGACCCUAUUUACUUUCAUACUACAUCUUCCUAGUUCUUUUUCCUUACUGGUUCGAUAUCAUCCUUAAAGGGUGGGUAGGCGAUUUUGCAGAGGCUAGCAAUAGCAAGCUAGCUUUGAAAGCAUAAGAUGCCCUGUAAAAUCAGUCUCCAAAGCCACAGCUCCUCCAAAACACAUAAACGCACCAAGCAGAUGCUAACUAGCGACACGAUGAGAGACGGCGUUGGUGGAGGGUUGAACGCAACGCUGUCAAUUACCUCAUGUCUCAUUUACUGAGAAAACAUUACAGUACAAAGCACUUAAUAGUACACUAACGCCUUCCAUUCUCGCUCGGUCUGAAAUAGCGUAUGAAUGUGCUGAUGACGCGAAAAAGGUGCACGGAGGGAUGCAAAUAAAUACGUUGACAGGCGGGUAGGACAGCCUAUCGUAGCCCUCGGACCGAGGGAAAUGAUUGGACGAACAUUUUAUGGUCCUAAGCCUUCCACAGAUGAUAUAUAUAUAUAUAUAUAUAUAUAUAUAUAUAUAUACACAUAUAAAUGCAUUUAGACCACUUAACUUAGAUGCUAGCAGAAUGUGAAGAGACUUUCAACCAGCAUGACAAAAAAUGUUUUAGAACCAAAUCACCUACCCUGAUUUUAAGAUGUAAAAAUGCACAUUUAAUGUUAUUUAUUUAUUUAUUUUUCCUGGAGCCCCAUAUGAUAUGCGGGUUGGAAAAAACAAGAUAUCAUAGCUAUGAAUUGAGAAUUUGUUUCCACUACUUAUUAAUUCCUUGAUUUAGUUAAAUCGUGGUCACAUUUUACUUAAAUUAAAACAAGUGCACAAAUUAGUAAAACGUGGCCACAAAAUUUAACUAAUUCUUAAUUAAUGGACAUAAUAUCUUUUUUUUUUUUUUUUUUUAAAUCCUGCAUUUCAUAUUAUGGAACUACAAUUUUACACUUUUUUGUUAUUCAUGGUUUUAGUUUUUUUCUAUUUUAAAAUCACUUUUAAUUUUUCUUGACAAUUUAGUUGACAAGAAUUGCAAAAGUUAAACCAAAUAUUCAAACAUUUUAUAUAUGAUCAUCUUGUAUAUUAGACUGCUAGCAAAACACUUCAGUUUACUUGUUUUCAUUCAGGUGGUCAUUACUGAAUUUGAUUUUGCAUUUUUUUUUUUUUCUAUCAUUUCCAGUCAUUUGCAGUUAAAAAUGAACCAUUUAAUUAUCAUUAUGUUUCGGGCUGGGUUUUGACACAAAUUUGACGACUCGAUUCGAUACUGAUUCACAAGCUUACGAUUCGACUCAUAUACAGGAUUCGGGUUCAUAAACAGCUUGGGAUUUGGUGUCUUUUGUGUCACCAGUAAAGAUCAUGAUAUUGAAAUUUUCAACAACAUCAAUUUUAAAGUUGCCUUUGACACAAAUAAUGCCCUUUGAACUUUAAGCAUAUUUAAGUUGGUUUGUUUUAAACAAUUCUAAAUAUUUUACAACAUUUGAAACCACCAAAUAUCACCAUUCUUCCAUGUCCACCUUGUUGAAGGAAAUAGGUCAUUCCUAGUAUUCAGUGUGUUUUGGACAUCAUAACACUUAAAUUACACGCAAAUUACACUUUUUUUUUUUUUUUUUUUUUUUUAAAUCAAUUCUUGUGUAAUUAAUAUGGAGAUGUAAAACAUGUGAAAAAUAAUUUUGGAUCAAUCUUAGGUAUAUACAUUUAAGGAUCCAUUUACUAAAUAUGUCCACCCUGUUUUCUGACUUAACAGGGUGGACACUAACAGAGUGGACAUUUUGACCUAAAAUCAGCCAAGUCUGAGCAAAAAUAAAUAAAUAAAUUAAUUAAUUAAUUAAAAAAAAAUGGUAACAAGGGACAGUAGUCAAAUAUAACAGGGUGGACAAUUUUAUGAGAGACAAGCUAAAAACCUUUAUAUAUUUAUUUAUUUAUUAUUAAUUUAAUACUAAUAUUAUAGAAAACUAUUACUGAUGGCAGACACAAGCCUGGGGAUAUUUGGUGGUUUAAAAUGCUGCAAAAUGUUCAGAAUUGUUAGAAAAAUUAAAUUAAAUUAAAAAUUAAAUAU